AUGGCGGUCGCAAAUGGUACUUCACCAGACGAUCUGACGAUUGAGAACUUGACGCCCCAUGUCAUCAAACUUGGGUCCAACAUCAACGACGAGCGACUGAAGUUCGUUGUCGCAAAGCUGAUUCAGUACUCACAUGACUUUGUCCGUGACACGAAACUGACCACCGCCGAGUGGGAGUCGGCAUGGCAAUACCUUACAGAGGUGGGGCAGUUUUGCACCCCAGACCGACAAGAAAUGAUCCUCCUCUCUGAUGUCCUGGGUAUAUCGGCACUGGUCGACGCGAUCAACAAUCCAAGUGCCCCUCGAGCCACAGAGUCGUCCGUUCUCGGACCCUUCCACAACGACGCUCACGAGUUCGAGAACGGCCAAUCGAUUGCAUCCAAGGGUGCUAUCGGAGAGCCUAUGCUCAUCCGCGGUACGGUCUCUGAUACCGACGGCAAUCCGCUGUCCGGCACCGCAGUGGAUGUGUGGGAGACGAAUGGAAACGGCUUCUACGACAUGCAGGAUCCCGAAAAGGAUGAACCGGAUUGUCGCGGAAUCUUUCACACGGACGAAGCAGGCAGAUUUGCUCUGGUCGGCGUCAGGGCAGUCGAUUACCCUAUUCCGUACGAUGGACCCGUCGGACUUCUGCUGAGACUGCUCAACAGAUCGAAUGUGCGGCCGGCGCAUGUGCAUUUUGUGCUUCAACACCCUGAGUGCGUCCGACUCACCACGGCAUUGUACUCCAGUGAUAGCACGAAUGUCGCGCUGGACCCAGUCUUUGGAGUGAAAAAGAGUCUCAUCAAGCAGUUCGGAUGGUCGGAAGAUGGCAAGCUGGCGAAGCAGUUUGGGAUUGAGACGAUCGAGAGGGUCGACGCGCAGGGCAAUAAAACGGUCGGGUUCUGGACACUGGAGCAUGAUUUUGUUCUGGUGAAGAAACCGAAACUUUGA